UCCGUUUCCGCCCUGUCAUCCUGGCUUUUCUCCGGUCCUCGGGGCCCAAUUCCAGAAGAGGACAGCAAAACAAGUGAAAAGAGCACUAGAAUAACCGGCUACAGUUUAUUAGCUAAAAUCUGAAGUAAAUCACAGCGCCAGAUCGGUGUACCGCGGAGACAAAUAGAGGAGGAGGGGCGGGGUUUCAUGAGUUUUGCAUGAGACGAGAUAUUGCUUCCUAGUUAAGCUUACUGGUGUGUGUGUGUGUAGAUGUGUGACAGCGGUGUGUGUGAAGACAAGCCCCCCGCCCCCCCUGUCAGAAUGAACAGCCAAGGAGGCGGAGCCAAGGACUCAGUGUCGGGCAACUACAACUCUCGGUCCCUCCCCUCUGUUCCUGAGAAACAGAAACGAAGUAAAAUGAUCUCCAUAUUUGCCUCAGAGAAAGGAGGCAGGAAGAAGGAUCGUGAUAAGGACAACAGACCAGAGAUCUCCUCUCCGUCAGACUUUGAACACACCAUCCAUGUGGGCUUCGACUCUGUCACAGGAGAGUUCACAGGCAUGCCGGAGCAGUGGUCCAAACUGCUCCAGACGUCUAACAUCAGUAAAUCGGAACAGAAGCAGAAUCCUCAGGCUGUUCUGGACAUUCUCAAGUUCUACGACUCCUCCACUGCAAAACAGAAAUACCUCUCCUUCUCAGAAAAAGAUGCACAGUCGCCUGGAAAGCAGGGUGCCACGUCCUCGCCAUCAGGCGGUAAGGACGGUGAUGAUGAUGAGGAUGAUGGAGACGAAGCGCCGCCCCCUAUUGUGGCGCCACGGCCUGAGCACACCAAAUCAGUGUACACCAAGUCUGUCAUCGACCCACUUCCUCCGCUGCCAGAGCCUGACUCCGCCUCCAACAGGAACAAGAAGAAACAGCAGGGCAAGAUGACUGACGAGGAAAUCAUGGAGAAACUACGAACCAUCGUCAGUAUUGGAGAUCCCAAGAAGAAGUACACACGCUAUGAGAAGAUCGGCCAGGGAGCGUCUGGUACUGUCUAUACAGCCAUCGAUGUUGCCACUGGUGCAGAGGUAGCUAUCAAACAGAUCAACCUCCAGAAACAGCCGAAGAAGGAGCUGAUCAUCAACGAGAUCCUGGUGAUGAAGGAGUUACAGCAACCUAACAUCGUCAACUACGUAGACAGUUUCCUGGUAGGUGAGGAGUUGUUUGUGGUGAUGGAGUAUCUGGCUGGAGGUUCGCUCACGGACGUUGUCACGGAAACAUGCAUGGACGAGGCUCAGAUCGCUGCUGUGUGCAGAGAGUGUCUGCAGGCUCUGGAGUUUCUCCAUGCCAACCAGGUGAUCCACAGAGACAUCAAGAGUGACAACGUGCUGCUGGGCAUGGACGGAUCUGUCAAACUCACUGACUUUGGGUUCUGUGCCCAGAUCACUCCAGAGCAGAGUAAAAGAAGCACCAUGGUUGGGACUCCCUACUGGAUGGCUCCUGAGGUGGUGACCAGGAAGGCCUACGGACCCAAGGUGGACAUCUGGUCCCUGGGAAUCAUGGCUAUAGAGAUGGUGGAGGGAGAACCCCCUUACCUCAACGAGAACCCACUCAGGGCCCUCUACCUGAUAGCCACCAAUGGGACUCCAGAGCUACAGUCUCCAGAGAAGUUAUCUCCAGUGUUCAGGUCCUUCCUGUCCCGCUGUCUGGAGAUGGAUGUAGAGAAGAGAGGAGGGGGGAAAGAACUACUGCAGCAUCCAUUCCUAAAGCUGGCCAAGCCUCUCUCCAGCCUCACCCCUCUCAUCCUGGCAGCCAAGGAGGCCAUGAAGAGUAACCGCUAACCCUGGUUAGCCACAGAUACACUGGAUUUCUAUAUCUCUGUGUUAGCAUGAGCGCUAACUGCUAACUACUAGCCUUACCAGCUAACUUCCAGCCCUACUGUGCCAACUCGUCAGUGCCUCUCAGUAACUGACAGCAUCUCCUCCUUGAUGCUAAACACCAGCCUGCUAGCACCCUGGCUCGUACACCUACAAGUCACACAAGUCGGCUUCCUGCUCUGUUUGACUCCCCUUUCCCUCAGUCCUUCACCCCUCACUCCAUAUCACACACCAGUCUUCCUAUGUCUCUCACCCACUCCCUGUCUGUCCCUCACCCCCCCUCCUCAUCUGUCCCUCACCCCUCACUCCAUAGCACACACCAGUCUUCCUAUGUCUCUACCCCCCCCCUCCCUCCCUGUCUGU